UUUAUUUUUUAAAUAUCUGUAACCCUAACAUUGGAGGUUGAAGAACAGAGAGAGGAAUGGAAACCAAAAGCUGUUUUUGAGUUGCCAUUGCCAUUCCCACCACCACAUGGCUUCUGUUUGGACACUUCACUUUCGUUCACUUCCUCUUCGCAUAGAUUCCAACAUUCACGAUUCAAGCUUUGAUAAAAUGCAGCCAUGCCCCAUCACCUCUACAAAUCGCAUUGCUAUCAGAAAUGGAAUCUCCAACUUGCGUUCCCAACUCAAACACCAUUCCUUCAAUUCCAUUGCCAAAUUUCACCAUCGACUCGUUACUUCCAUCUCCAUGCCACCCUUCCUGCUGAAUCGAAACGGUGGAAGCAAUUUCCCUAUUUGGGUGUGUGUUGCGGUUGUCGUUUUGAUUGCGGCGGUGAGAGUCGUGUCCAGAAAAAAAGAGCGCCCUGGUUCGGUGGCUGAUCUUGUGAGACGUGGCCAACUCAGAUCUGAUAGAAGAGGCAUAUCAAGGCCUCUCAAGUAUGAAGACCCCUUCAAUAAUCCCUUUGUCAAGGUUGGCAAAAGUGACUCCACUGUUGAGAUGUGUGGAAAGGUUUACCGUUUAGCCCCUGUUACUCUUACUCAAGAGCAACAGGCCACUCACCAGAGAAGGAGAUCGCGCGCGUACCAGUGGAAGCGACCCACUGUCUUUCUUAAAGAAGGGGAUGAGGUUCCUCCAGAUGUUGAUCCUGAUACUGUCAGGUGGAUUCCUGCUAAUCAUCCCUUUGCUACCACUGCUACUGACCUGGAUGAGGAAUUGGCACAAAACAAUGUGUAUCAAAAGCAUGGAGUUCCUUUUCGGAUUCAAGCUGAACAUGAGGCCCUGCAGAGAAAGCUUGAGGCCCUACAAAAUGGGGAGAAACUCAAUAAGCUAGUGAUAGAUCCUUCUAAUGCUAAAGAAUUUGAGAGACCAUUCAACUCCCACGCCAGGUUAAAUGAUCAAGCAGAGGUAAACAAUCAGGAGCAGAAACCCACUAAACUGGUAACAGAUUCUAUGAAUGCUAAAGAUUUUGAGAGACCAUUCAAUUCCCACGCCAGUUUAAAUGAUCAAGCAGAGAAGAGCUCUGUAAACAAUCAGGCGACUGAUUUUGACUCACCUAAAAUAGAUUGUGGCCCGAAUCACGUUGAAAAUGCAUCAUCCGAAGAUCCAACUCUUUAGGUUCCAUGCAUACACAGCAUUUAUCUGUAUUGAUCCAAGUUAAAAUUUCUAUGAGGUAGAGUAUAAAUCAUCAGUAACGCUAAAAAUAUAGAUUUAUAUUUGCUCAAAAUUUUUGUACUAUUCGUCUUGGAGCCUUAGAACUGUCGAAUUGUAUAGAUGAGAACUGUAAAUAUACUUUUAUUGCUGCAUAUUGUCAA